GCCCAAAAUCAAAGAAAUUCCAAACAAAACCCUGAACACAUGGGUGCUGCUCAAAGGGAACAGAGAAAAAUUCAUGAAGAUCUGCCACCUGUGGAGCCCAAGUUCCGCCACUUCCUCCGACGACUCCGCCGCCUGCACUUGAUCGGCAACACUAGGAGAUUCUCCGUCGAAAUCGAGACGGCGCCGCCGCCGUGCAGGAUUUUCUGGAACUCGGAGCUCCGCUGCUCUUUUCCGCGACAGCCGGAGCGAGGUCGAUCGUCUCCACAGCCUGAACCUGACAUUCCUGAAAGUUGAGAGCCUGGAGAUAUUUCUUGACUUGGUCGUUCGACGGUGAGAAAUUACCGCCCCUCCAUUGGGCAACAUCACAGAUCGAUGGGUCCUCAUCAUCGGGGUUCCGGUGGCGACAAGGGCGACCCGAAACCUCCUUCCCGGACGUACGCAGGUGGGUUCUCGCUUCUGGCGGCGAUGGCGGAAGGAGUAACGAGGAGAAGAAAGAGAGGGAUGGAAGAGAUAGAAAAAUGAAUGGUGGGAGCACGGCGACAGUGGUCGACGAAGAAGGAGGAGGCGCCUCCCUCCUUUUGACGAUGAUAUAGAUUUAGUUUAGGGUUUUUCCUUAUUUUUUUAUUUUAAUUGAAUUAUAAAAUUAAAAUAAUAUU